ACCACUGUACCAGUACUAAACAACUAUUGGACGCAAGGUUGGACGUUGUACGCCAAAAAUCGUGAACGGUUAAGUACUAGUUGCGUCUGGUGAAGAGACUACUAAUAAGCGCCGUAUAUGGCAGCAUCCAUGGCUACCUCUCGUCAGUACUGCUUUGUUGUGUGCCCGACGCGAGGAAUAUUGACACUGGCACUGUACUGAUAUACAUCAUAGUAGAAGAGUUAUUUUACUGUGAGGUACAGUCAUUAAAAAACGGUUACCUACUCCAGAUUGUAUUUCAACCGUAUUGUAUUUCACCUUUGAAACUGCGUGCAUAAUUUUAGGGGCGAGUCGGCAAUCUGAUGAAAUAUAGCCAGUGAAAUGACGCCAUAGCCUUGAUGUACAGUGUUUCACGGUAGCAAACUCCAUUCAGAAGGUUUUCGUUUGUGCCACAAAACUCAAAAUGGAACAGAGGUUUACCUCAAACGUUGAAGUCACUCGAAGCAAGAACCGCACUUUUGCGAAAAGGACACAAUCCAGUUCCAGCGAAUCCGAGACAAACACAACCGAUGCACGAGGUAGCCGAAUGCUGCGAGAAAACAAGAAGGAUGCUCGCACGUCGGUUGAUAGUAGUGACGCCCCGAGUCGGCCUCAGGCGACCAAGCAAAUGCUGAAGAACAUUGCAAGUGAAACAAAAAUGAACGAGGUGGACGCCAAAAUACAGGGGGAGCUCACACCGCAGGAAGUACGGGAUUUGAAGUACGUCUUUGAUACAUUCGACAACGAGCACAGAGGGUUUAUCGACGCGGACGACUUACGGCGGGCGCUGAGGGUGAUGGGCUUCAAAGUCACCCAGGACGACUUGACCGAAAUGAUUGCUGACGUGAAUGGAGGGACGGCACCUCGACGCGAAGUCACAUUUGCGCAGUUUUUGGAGGUGGUGGUCUACAAACAGGCCGACGCAAGGGAUAUAUACGGCGAUUUGGAGCAAGGUUUCAAGAUGAUGGACAUAGGUGAGAAGGGUCACCUGACCUUUGAAGACAUCAAGAAGGCAUCUCAGGCGGCGGGACUCAAGUUCCGAGAUGGUACGAUCAGAGACAUGAUGGAUGAGGCCGACACCAAUGGCGAUGAUCUCGUCAGCAAAGAAGAGUUCUUCCAAGUCAUGCUGCAAACCAACCUGUUUUAGCCCGGAAUCGACGUUUUUACUGGUGCAAUACCACGGCAUGUUUAUAAACAAGACUAGGGUUCCAAACCAUAAGUUAUAAGUGAAAGUCAGUCAGUCAGAUAGGCACAGAGGGGACACAAAGCUAUGCAGAGCGCACAAUGCACUUAAGUCAUGUUACAACGCCUAAAUAAAUCCCCGUCAUCUGAUUGGUGCAUGGGUCGUUGAUCACGUGUCAUUGAAUUAUUCGUCCCAUCGCUAGGCGCGGCCGCACGACAAAAAUUGGAAGUUCCAUUACACUGUAAAUGGAAGUUCCAUUGCACUGUCACACCAUUGGUGGCUCUGUCCAAUCAGAUGACGAGGAUUUAUUCAGGUGUUGAAUAAAACAAAUAAUGAAUGAUUCACAUUCUUGCAGUGGAAAGAAUCGUUUCAUUCGGUGACAGAUGGAACGUUGUCAGUUCAUGAAAUUAUUCUUACCACUGCACUCACAAACAUUAUUUGUAUAUUAUGGAUAUUCACUGCAAGGAUUUUCAUGCAUCUGGUUUAUACAUUAGGGUGAACUUAAGCCAUUCAUUGAUGUUACAGGGUAAUUCUAUAAGAUAGCACUGCCCGGGUCUCUUCACCAGUCUACAAUCAGUCGAAGUCACGAGUGACACUCAGCCUGCUCAGCUUAGUCAGUCAGCGAGAUAGGUAAUGGGGCACUAGGCUGGCCCUGUUUGACCAGCCAAAAUGCCAACAGAACAGCCGCGACUCCAUGGGCGCGUGCGCGUUCCUUCAUCGCGCAAGGCAUGAUGGGAAACAACAUGGCGCAGCAAGAUCUCGCACCCAUGGGAACGAGGUUGCCAACAGAAGACUUUCAAACGACUGCCACUUUUGACGAGUACCUUGACGAUAUUUUAGCGAUCGGUGUGGAGAACACCCAACACACCAUGAACGGCACCACUUAAUCUUUGUGUCUCUUUCCUGGACUCGCUUAAGAGGACCAAUUUAAAACGUUCUAAUUAAGCGACACGCUGCGCGCAUCAUAAACGGGUAUCAAAAAACAUUUACAAAAAAACCCAAUGUCAAUGUCGUUCCUAGUUUUCGUUUUAUUUGAUGUACCAACAUUGAACAUGAAUUAAAACGAUAGGCCUGCAUGCAUUUAUGUUAACUAAUCUAGUUCCUUCCGCAGAACCAAUUUAAAUUAUAAUUAUAAGAUAUUUGAAACAAUUCAGUAAUUUUAUAAAACUGAUCUACAUAUACAAAUUUGAAAUUAGAAAAUUUGGUCAAUUGUCGUGGUCUUUAUUUAUUAAAAGAAUUUGCUUUCAGCUGA